AACGAAACAACGCUCGUUCAAUGAACGAGAGACAGUCGCCAGUCGGAAACAAAACAAACCACCGCGAGUCCGUCUCGUCUCGUCGCCUCCAAUUCCAAAAAACCCUGGUUCGCCCAAGGUCGACGGCCUCACCGCCGUCUCUCUCCAUCUCGAACCCACCUCGUCACCUCCAAAAACCACCGCGACCUCGUCGCCUCCAAUUCCAAACAACGCUGAUUGUUGUUUGCCCCAAAGUCACCGUCGGCGGCAUCAUCGCCGCCUCCUAGUCCGAAGUACUAAAGUCUCAGGCUACUUCUUGUGUUCCUUUGCACACGAAAAUUUGAAGAAUCAGCGCCAGAUUCUGAUACAAACAUGGGAAGUGCCUUCACUAUAAAGCACAACCAUUGCUACUUUUCCUAUCCGGUGAUGCAAAUUACCUGUUUAGCAUGUUGAGUUCCGUCGCAGUGUAUUUUACCGUCAGGUGUCAAGCUUGCUUGAUAUUCUUUUUACCCAUCAAUAUAAAUUUCUUGUGUUUUGAUAGCCUUCAAAUUUCAAAUGCUGCUUUCGUGCUUUCACAUUUCCAGACUAUCUAUGGGCAUAACUUUGAUGAGGUUUCUUGGGGGGUUUUCCUCUUCUUUCCCCUUGCAGGAACAACAGAAGUUAGUAGUUUUAUAAAUCAUGGGAGAUCGUAGGAGAUGUUUGUCGCCUUUAACCUCAUCAACCUUUCACUGCCCCAAGCCUGAUGUCAAUCCAUUGUCAAUUGACUCAGAACUCUGGUUAAUGGCUGAGCAUAGAAUCUUUGAGAUUUUGUGUUGUAUUCAACCUGCUUCGGCAUCUGAGAAGAAGAGGGAUGAGGUUAUUUCAUAUGUUUCGAGGUUAAUUAAAGCUCAUUACAGAAGUGAGGUUUUUGCGUUUGGAUCGGUACCCUUGAAAACCUAUCUACCAGACGGAGAUAUUGACCUGACUAUACUCAGCCACCAGAAUACAGAGGAAGGAAUGGCUGAGGGUGUGUCUGAUAUCCUCCAGGGUCAUGAGCACGACCCAAAAUUCGAUGUGAAGAAUGUCCAAUAUAUAGAAGCUCAGGUCAAGAUCGUAAAGUGUUUGGUGAAUGACAUCUCCGUGGAUAUCUCUUUCAAUCAAAUGGCAGGUCUUUCCGCUCUCUGCUUUCUGGAGCGGGUUGACCAAAUUUUGGGGAAUGAUCAUAUUUUGAAACGAAGUAUUAUCUUGAUAAAAGCCUGGUGCUUUUACGAGAGCCGAAUCCUUGGUGCAUACCAUGGAUUGAUUUCAACAUAUGCUUUGGAAAUAUUGGUUGUGCAUAUAUUCAACCUGUUCCAUUCGUCCUUGAGUGGUCCUUUAUCAGUUCUGUAUAAAUUUCUGGACUACUAUAGCUCUUUCGACUGGGACAACCAUGGGGUGUGCAUAAAUGGCGUAUUUAAAAUAUCUUCUCUUCCAGAUAUAGUGGUAGUGGUACCUGCAGAGAAUGGAAGUCGAUUGUUGCUUGGGCCUGACUUUUACAACUACUGUAAAGAAACAUUUGCUAUUCCUGUUAAAGAACUUGACAGUGGGAGGCAUGAUUUUGUUGUUAAGCACAUCAACAUCGUGGACCCUUUAAAAGACAGCAACAACUUGGGGCGAAGUGUUAGUCGAGGCAAUCUCCACCGGAUAAAAUGUGCCCUUUCCUUUGGGGCUCAGAAGCUUCGAGGAGUCCUCAACGGACCAGGAGAAUAUAUAGGCAUGGGAUUGGAGAAAUUUUUUGCUAACACUCUAGGCAGGAAUGGGACAGGACAAAGAGCUGAUGCUAACAGUCCAGUACCUGCAUUUGGCACUGGAAGAAGUGACGCAUGUGAUCUCAAUGGAGACUACGACAGAUGCCAUAGUGGUCUGCUGCAGGGGCAGUGGUAUCACAAUUACAGACUACCGGAUCAUUUUCAUAACAUUCCUUCAACCCUGCUGUCUCCUUCAGAAAUCUUGUCGAAGAAGAGUCAAAUAUUUUCUUGGACUGGGCAAAAUGGUCAUCCUCAGAAAGGCACCAAAGCAUUUUUGCAACGAGGGCUGCCAGGGCUUUGCCCUUGCCCUUCAAAACGCUGUACUACUGGCAUUGAUGGGUUAGGAAAUUUAAGAGGUACGGGCACAUACAUUCCCGAUAUGGCUCGUUACAAAGAAAUAUGGUCCAGGAUGAAGAGCCUGGAGAAUCAAGCUUUUCUUAAUCAGGGAGCACCAUGUCAAUCUCCUGAGAUGACUUACCAAGUCCUUGCUCAAGCUGAAGCUAACAGCUGGAUUGAUCUCCGACCAGAGAGUUUCCCUUUGCUUCCCUCUAUCAACGGAUCAUCCAAUUUAUUCAGUGGUAACCAGGUGCAUCAUGUUGGUGAUCAUGGCUUUUUGCAUCAUCUCACCGACGAGUCUAGUUCCUCUUCGGGGCAAACAGAUUUCAGGACUUCCAGUGAAUCAUCAUCAUCAUCAUCGUUCUUUCCAGCAUCAGACCCAGAAGCUUCAUUGGUUGGUGGGGACCAAGUUGAUGAUUCUCAUUUCUCAUCCAGUUUGGCUUUUUCUAUGACAGAACACGAGAAACUGGAGGAAUUAAGGGUUGCAAGAGAAGAAGAAUACUGUCAAUUGAAAGAGGAGGAUUUCCCUCCCCUGCCCAGUUAUGUGGUUGAGCCCAAUAGUGUUGCAAGAGAAGAAGAGUGCCAAAUGAAGAACCUGGAUUUCCCUCCUCUAGCAGGCAAUUCUUUGGUUGUACCCUGUCGGGUUACAAGUGAAAAAGAGUACCCACUGGAGAACCAGGAUCUCCCUCCUUUAGUUCGCGUCUCUGUGGUUGAGCCCUGUAGGGUUACAAGAGAAGAAGAGUAUCAACUUAAGAACGACGACUUCCCUCCUUUGGUAAGCAAUUGCGUUGUGAAGCUGUGCAAGGUUGCAAGAGAAGAAGAGUCGCUUCUGAAGGAGAAGGAAUUCCCUCCUUUAGGCAUUUCUGUAGGGCUGCAGGAGAAGAAGAAGAAUUUGUACUGAAGGAGGAUAAUGAUUCCUCUCAUUUAGUAAGCAAAUGUGUGAGCCAUUACGAUGAGUGGCUUGAGGAGUUGAAAGUUGGAGCUUCAGUCCGGACAGAAAAGUAGGGGUACGACCUAGAAGCGGUCAUUUUUCUUGUUGCAGUUAUAAUUUUUCUCGUCUUCUUUGUCGAACCCAUGAGAGGCAUGCUGAAUGGAAGCUGAUUUUCUCCCAAUUCCAGCUCAUGUAGAGAGAUCUUAGGGAAAUACAAUUCUGAUUAGCUAUCAGGUAAGCUCAACCCUGGUUUUUCUUUUGUUACAGGCUAGCGGCAGCAGUGAUGUUUGUUUCAGUACACUGAUUGAAUGAUUGAUUAUGGAGAUUGAAUUGCAUGGGGUGUGGUUGGGGUUUGGAUUUGGUUAUAAAAUGGUGCUUGGCAGUGGAAACAAAUCCCUCAAACUC